AUGUUCCAUGUCUUAAAUUGUAUAUUAUAGAGCUAUUAUUAUGUGUUUUAUGAAAAAAAUAAUUAUGCAUAAUUAAAAAAAUACCGUAGUAUGGGUUUACAUCAGAUAAUAAAAAAUUAUUUAUCAGAAAUAUAUUUGGAUUUCUUGGAUCGAUAUGUUUAUAUUCCGGAAUUACGUUAAUCAACGUAUCAGAAGGACAAGUUCUAUUUAGAACUUCUCUAUUUUGGACAUAACUUAUGGUAAUUUAUUAAUUUAAGACAGAAAGACUUUAGAAGAAUUUAUUUUUCAAUCUAAUAUUAUGGGGAUUAUAUUAAUUAUGUCUUCGCAGUCUUGUCUUCGAUGAGACAAGUAUUAAUUAAGACAUUGGCUCAGUUUUCAUAUGAUAAUUUAAUUUUUGGUUGCUUUAUAAAAUUUAAUUUUAAAAAGUCUGAAACAUUAAAGAACGUCAUUUUAGAAUAAUUUAUAUUGUUAUUAAAAAUACAAUCUUAUGAAGUCUUAGAAAUAGAAUUAUUAAAAAUUUAGGAAAUGCUUGUAUUUAUCAAAAGAAAUUAACAAAAAAUUGAGAAAUCAAUCGUCGAGUUAAAACUUAAAAAUUACCUAUAAAGAUUUACUUUUAAUAUUUGCUUAAGAAUUAAUUUAAUUGUCCAUUCUUAUUUGCUUAUUGCUAUAAAAAGUUAUUUAUUUUCAGUAUUGUUGUCUAUUAUUAAACGUCCUUUUACUUUAGAUCUUUCAGAUUUUCUAGCACUGCUUUUACUUCUCCUUAGAUUAAAAUUGCAGCAUAUUUAUUUCUUAAAAGCCUAUUCAUUUCAUCAAUUAUUAUGUAAUAAUAUGUUUUUGAUUCUUUUACUUAAACUAUGCAUGAAGGAUUAUGCCUAAAAUAUCCUAUAAAGCCUGUUGAACUAGUAUUUAUAUUUUCUAUUUUUAUAGUCUUCUUAAUAUUGGGAAUAGAUUUCUAGAUUUUUGUAUUUUUAUAAUUGCCAAUCUUGCAGAAAUAGAUGGUAAGAAGAGUUUGAUCCAAAGAUAUUGUCAAAUAGUUUUUAUAUUUAUAUAAAUUAGCUUAUCUUGGACAGGAGAUGA